AGUGGUCGGCUGGACGUUGGGAGAACCAUUACAACACACAGAAAACGGAGUGUGUCGACAGUAUUGAAACUAUUAUGACGAGAAAAGAAAAUUAAUUAUAACCGUAAGAGUAUGUACAAGUUUUAGAGACAAACUUAAGUGCUUUUAUGCAGAAACUAUUAAUAACAGCAGUGCCUUAGCUGAAAAGACAUACAAGAGAAGUUGAACUAAGAACUCACUGACUCCUGAUAAACUAAUUCGUCUCAUAAAGAUAUAACACAAGGAUUAACCUGGUGUUGAAUUGCUCAAACAUGUGUGUGUGUAGAAACUCUUAAAUACAUAAGAAAAAAGUACAGAAAGAGACAGAGAGACAGAGAGAGUGGACAAGCUGUGUUGAGAAUGAUGGAGGAGCAGGUAUUGGUGAUGACAGGAGAGGCGGAGACACACAAUUAACCAGGUAUCCACACAGGACAUUCAGCUCUCUUGUGUGUGUGUGUUUGUUUACAUCUGGACAACCAUAAUGAUUGUAAACACCUCCAGCAAACACCUGCCGGCCCAACACUUUCCUGACGAACAACAUCUCACUCCUGACGAUGGCUCGAAUAUUAAAGAAUUAGUUUUGGAACUCUUUAAGGCUUGGUGUGGAGGUAAAGGCUCAGAGAUUCAAGGAGAGUUAAGACUCCCGGUGAAGGCAGCGAACACCACCAACGCAAGAGAAAAGCAGGAACCGUCUGAGGAGGCCAUGGCGGUAGUAUACAUCAUCUUCGUGUUGUUGUUCUUCGCCACGUCUCUCCUGAUCGUGUUGGUGAAGUACAUCCGCCGGGAGAAGGAGUCACUGAGGCUGGAGAAGUUUUACCAUGAGUACAUCACCAGGAACAGAUCCAGCCUGAUGGUUCACUUCGACGAAUCAGGUCAACCUCUGCGACCUAUGCCAAGAAGGGAGUCGUCUCCUAGUACCAGUAGAUACCCACGCCUCCCAUGCCCACCCACGUCCCUGCCCACGCCAUCCUCUACGCCCACAAGUACGCCCACAGCCGCGCCCAUAAGCCCGUCGUUUCUCCCACCCACUUCCAGGGCAUUUACUAAACCACUGCCACCUGCCACGUCGCUACAGGGCGUCUCCCACUGGCUCUCUGACACUGCUGCCUCGUCUGACACAACUAUGAAAUCUGCCACGACAACGUUACCAUCUACAACCUUGCCAUGUGACAUAACCUUACCACCUGACACAACCUUACCUGCUGACACAACCUUGCCAUCUGACACAACCUUGCCAUCUGACACAACCUUGCCCUUUGAUUCAACCUUACCUGCUGACACAACCUUGCCAUCUGACACAACCUUGCCUACUGACACAACCUUGCCAUUUGACACAACCUUGCCAUCUGACACAACCUUGCCUACUGACACAACCUUGCCUUUGCUACUGACACAACCUUGCCAUUUGACACAACCUUGCUAUCUGACACAACCGUGCCCUCUGACACAACCUUGCCAUUUGACACAACCUUGCCAUCUGACACAACCUUGCCAUCUGACACAACCGUGCCCUCUGACACAACCUUGCCAUUUGACACAACCUUGCCAUCUGACACAACCUUGCUAUUUGACACAACCUUGCCAUCUGACACAACCUUGUCAUCUGACACAACCUUGCCAUCUGACACAACCUUACCUGCUGACACAACUUUGCCAUCUGACAACCUUUCUAUUUGACACAAUCUUGCCAUCUGACACAAUCCUGCGAGCUGACACAACCUUGCCAUCUGACACAAUCAAGCUGCCUUCUUAUUACAAAACCAAACUUUAUUUCAAGUCAACAUCGAUAUAAAUGUAAAACCAACAGAGAGAGAGAGAGACACCUUGAAAUUCAAAGGCUUUACCUACUUUAAUUACGUCCCUAUAUGCUUUUAGCCGUGUGUCUGAGUGUUAGAGAUGUUUACUGAGCUUCUCGGUGUAUAAUACUGUGUACUACCGUCAGCAUACCAGUCCUAGUUGAUUCAUUAUACUGUAAAUUGUUGUCAUCAGGAUUUCAGUAUACUUUAUUCUCUGUAGUUUAUACCUUAAUAUAGCUUAAUAUUGAACUAAGAAUAUCAGUAUGUAUUGCUUUGUUGUAUUAAUCUGUAUGGCUGGAUAAGUACAGGGUGUUCAUAAAUGAUUACCCUAAAAACAGUAUGAUCUCAUGUUUUAAUCAGGGUAAUCAUUUAUGGACACCCUGUAUAUCUGACUUGGUAUCUUUAGAUGUUAACUCAAAUUACUCUCAAUUUCUCACAUGUUAA